UCAUAUCUCAAUCAGUUUCCAUGUUGAACAACUAGUUUAUUGCGUUGACAUGUGGCGGUCUGAUGGGAGGACCACAUCAGAGAUGACAUUUCAAUUCAUUAUAUUCUCUAUCGAUUGGAUUGGUCAGCACAGGAGAGAGAGAGAGAGAGAGAGAGAGAGAGAGAGAGAGAGAGAGAGAGAGAGAGAGAGAGAGAGAGAGAGAGAGAAUUAUUGGUCCUCCCUUUUAUGCCAUUUGUGUGUGAUUUAACAAGCCCGUCUUCAUGUGCUUGUCUAGCCCAUCUUCCACUAUCGUGUCUAGCAGAUCUAUGUGUGUAUGUCCUAGCCGAUCUAUACAUGUAAUUGCCCUAGCCCAUAUGUGCAUGUCAUAUGCAUAUCUAUACCUUGUUAUGCAUUCAUUUUUACUUGUUACAUUUUGUGUUAGGUCUUAGUUUGUGACAUGUGCCAUCGCUGUAAAUUCUGUUACUUUGCUAAAUUCACAGUUAUUGGCUAAUAUCCAAAAUAUUGUGAUUUAGUAUGUUGUUGAACAUUAUGCUUCACAUGGUGUUAAUUUCUUAACGGUUACAAUGUUAUGAUUUAAUUUUGUUCUAUCCAGUUGUGUUAUUUGGCUAGAUGUUUGACCAUGGUUUUUCUUUAUAGGUGACUCCCAUAGCAUCUCGGCUUCUCCGGUCUGUUCCCAUCUAUAGUCAUCUCUGUCCUGCUCGAUCGGCUCCCGUCCUUAUAAAUAUAUGCCACCUUGUUGUUCAAUCAUUCUCAUCGGUUAGAACAAACAACCUCGAUCGAAUCAGUUUCCUCCCUCUCAUCCAUCGUCUCACUGAGUGCUCUCUCCUUAAUUAGGUAUUCCCGCGUAUGUUCUUGCUCGGUUGCUUUGCAUCUUUCUACUUUCUUUCUCAAAUGAGCCUAGUUAACUUGUACAGUAACUGAUUUUUUUAGCCUAUAUAUUCCACCCUCGGUGAGGCUCAUACUGACAUACAUACUCUAUACUCUCUCAAACAAUUCUGUUUCUAGGCUCCGAGACCAUGGGCAGCAGCAACACCCUGUCGUCGGUGCGCGAGAUACGGCGCUCACAGCGUGCGGAUGGGCCUGCAGCCGUUCUCGCCAUCGGCACGGCGAACCCGGCCAACUGCGUGUCCCAGGAGGAGUACCCGGACUACUACUUCCGAGUCACCAAGAGCCAACACCUCACUGACCUCAAAAAACAACUCAAGACCUUCUGCGAGAUGACAUCAACGGAGAAGCGCUACUUCCACCACACGGAGGAGCUGCUGGACGCCCACCCUGAAUUCCUCUGCCACGACAAGCCGUCCCUGGACACGCGGCUAUCCAUCGCCGCUGCUGCCGCACCGGAGCUGGCGGCGUCAGCUGCAGCCAAGGCCAUAGCCGAGUGGGGCCGUCCAGCCACCGACAUCACCCACCUCAUCGUCAGCACCAACUCCGGCGCGCACGCCCCGGGCGUCGACCUCCGGCUGGCCUCUCUCCUCGGCCUCCGCGCGUCCGUAUGCCGGACGAUGCUCAACCUCAACGGUUGUUCCACCGGUGCCGCCUCCCUGCGCCUCGCCAAGGACCUGGCCGAGAAUAACCGCGGGGCGCGCGUGCUUGUGGCCUGCGUCGAGCUCACGGUCAUCAACUUCCGCGGCCCCGAGGAGGCGUACCCACACAAGCUCAUCAGCCAGGCAGCCUUCGGCGAUGGCGCCGGCGCGGUCAUCGUCGGCGCUGACGCCGUGCACCCCGUGGAGCACACGCUCUUCGAGAUGGUAUCGGCCUCGCAGACCACGAUACCAGCAACCGACGGCGUGCUCAACAUGCAGCUCACCGAAGCCGGCCUCGACGGCCACAUCUUCACCAGGGAGCUCAUUCCUCUAGCGGCACAGCACAUCGAGCAGUGUCUCAUGGAUGCUUUCCAGCCGUUUGGAAUCAUGAGCGAUGGCACCAAAUGGAACGAUAUGUUCUUUGUGGUGCACCCUGGCAUCCGUGGAAUAAUAGAUCACAUCGACGGGGCUCUCCGGCUGGAUCCCGGGAAGCUGGCCGCGAGCCGGACUGUGCUGAGAGACUACGGGAACAUGCUUGGUGCCACGUUGAUCUUCGUGCUCGACGAGCAACGGAUGCGGAUGGAGGAGGACGGAGAGCGGGGUGAGUGGGGUGUGAUGAUGGGAUUUGGACCGGGGUUUACAGUUGAGACCAUGGUGCUGCAUGCAGUGGCCAGCAACCUGCACAGCAAAAAUUGACCAUCCUCCGAUUCAUAAGCUACUUCUGUGAUAUAUAAUUUGCAACUAAAAUAAACAAGUUCAAUUACAAACGUUCAAAUUGUAGAACUUUCUCUCUAGGGCAUCACAAUAAAAAAGCUCAAACAUGGCCUAGCUGAAUACUCGGGUGAAAAGUUUGGGAGCGACUGGACAUCAAUCGACUGAACAUAAUACUUGAGUCAGUCACUUUUUGCAUGUUUAUGAUUCUUUGGGCGGUAACCAUUGGAUGAGUAACGCCGCAGCCGUAAGAGCUGAUUCAUGCAACGACCAUUCUCCUGCAUGUUGUCGCGUCAAUGCCAAAGCAACUUAAUUGCGGUUUACAGAUGCAUGCAUAGACAGAAGACAACUCCAUAUAUAUACUCCCCAUCGACGUAUGUAUGUAAACAAAAAAAAGCAAAUACAAAUUUGGAGGUAUAUAAAAUAAGUUUCAAAGAAGGAAUGAAUUAGUGUCAUUGUAUUACCCUUAAAUAAGAGACAAAGUAAAAUAAAAACUUAAAACUAAAAAUUUGUCAAGAUUAGUACAAAAAUUGCACUUUUUAUAAUAUGUACGAAGAAACAUAUUGUAGUGAAAUUUCCAUACUCUAAUAUAAUGUAUACAUGUAGUACUUGUGUGCAUCACACUCAACAUCCAAAAAUACGCAUAAAGAAAAAAGAAAACUCAACAAAAAAACAAAAAACAAAAGCUAAAACCCACAAAAAAAAA